CCCAGCCACUCUUACUUCUGCCCUUUCCACCUCUAGGGGGACCAUGGACAGUGCAGAAUUCUCAAAGUUCAGAUCACUAAGCUCCAGCCCAGGUCUCGAUGACAGUAAGGUGGAGCUGGAGUGCUGGUUUAAUGAAGAAUUCAAGUUCAUUCUACUGCCUGUGAGCUACGCAGUUGUCUUUGUGCUGGGCCUGGGACUCAAUGCCCCAACCCUCUGGCUCUUCCUCUUCCGGCUCCGACCCUGGGAUGCAACUGCCACCUACAUGUUCCACUUGGCAUUGUCAGACACCUUGUAUGUAUUGUCUCUGCCCACCCUCAUCUACUAUUAUGCAGCUCGCAACCACUGGCCCUUUGGCACUGGGCUCUGCAAGUUUGUCCGCUUUCUCUUUUAUUGGAACCUCUACUGCAGUGUCCUUUUCCUCACCUGCAUCAGUGUGCAUCGUUACCUGGGCAUCUGCCAUCCACUACGGGCACUACGCUGGGGCCGCCCUCGUCUUGCAGGCCUUCUCUGCUUGGCAGUCUGGUUGGUUGUAGCUGGCUGCCUUAUGCCCAACCUGUUCUUUGUCACAACUAGCCCCAGGGGGGCCACCAUCCUGUGCCAUGACACCACUCGCCCUGAAGAGUUUGAUCACUAUGUGCACUUCAGCUCGGCCAUCAUGGGGCUGCUCUUUGGCGUGCCUUGCCUGGUCACUCUGGUUUGCUAUGGGCUUAUGGCCCGGCGCCUGUAUCAGCCUUCCCCAGGCGCUGCCCAGUCAUCUUCUCGUCUCCGUUCUCUCCGCACCAUCGCGGUAGUGCUGACAGUCUUUGCUAUUUGCUUUGUGCCUUUUCACAUCACCCGCACCAUUUAUUACCUGGCAAGACUGUUGGAAGCUGACUGUCAGGUGCUGAAUAUCGUCAACGUGGUUUACAAAGUGACUCGGCCCUUAGCCAGUGCCAACAGCUGCCUGGAUCCUGUGCUCUACCUGCUCACUGGGGACAAGUAUCGUCGUCAGCUCCGACGGCUCUGUGGUAGCGGUGGGCCUGAGCCCCACACAGCUGCUUCUUCCCUGGCGCUGGUGUCCUUGCCCGAAGAAAGCAAAUCUGGAGAGAAACCCUUAUCCUGGAGAAGACCAGAGCAUUCAACUGGAGGGGUGAACAAGGUGGACAGGAGUGAAUUAUCUUAUGGCCAGAGCCAGAAUCAGGAAGUGGGGGUGCAGCCAUAUCACAGAUGUCAAGGAUGCACCAUGUGUAACGUCUCCCUUGAAGAUAGUGCAGUCUUGCUCAUCCAGGUGUUAAAAUAA